UAGGGAUAAUCCUAUGUGAACGGAGGAAAACCAAAAUCCCUUUUCACCUUCUUCCAUUACAUGUUCAUAUUCCAGAAGAACCCUAACCCAACCAAACCCUUGUCCACCGCUGCCACCUCCAUCCGAACCACAUCUCGGUACACUAACCAGCCAGCAGCUACCGCACGCCAGUCCAGCCCAUCUGAAGCCAGAAGGAGCCAGGAAGCUCCUGCCCGCAGAGCCUAGGCCGUCCACCUCCAACCAAGGCCCAGUGUUCACCCGCUAGUCGCAAAGCCUCCCAAGCUCCGCCCUACUGCAUCUGCCGCCAGUUGCGUCCGCCAGCUGCCAAAAUAAUACGCAACAUCAACCCAACUGCAUUCGUGUCAACAACCUCGUGUGCCGCCCAUUUUGUUUCUUCCCAUUUUGAGAUACAUUCUUUUAUCUGCUCAAACAGGACCUAAAGUAAAUAUCCACCGUUUUCUAUUUCAUCUAAAAACUGCCGUGACUUUGGGCUUUUCAUUUCAACAUGUCCCAUUCUUUGACACCUGCUAAAAGACAACACAAUCACAGCAAUGAGGACUCAAAUGGGAAAAAGUUUCAUAAGUCAUCAAAUACUAAGUCUGCAAAACAGCCCAGGAAAACCUCAUCGGGUGGUGAUGUUUUCCGCGUGCUCUGCCCAUCUUCUAAGGUUGAAAAUGUGCUUGGAAAGGGGAGCGAUAUCAUAUCACAGAUACGCCAGGAAACUGGUGCGAAGGUCAGAAUUGAUGACCCUACACCUGGAUGUGAUGAAAGGGUAAUCUUUGUUAUGGGUUCUGACAAGGAAGCCGAGAGCAACAAUCAAUAUACCAAGAAUGAUAGUGACGAGCCUAAGUCGGUUAAAGAGCAAGGUGAUGCUGAACAUCACAACAUAAAUGAGGUUAAUAAAGAAACUCCAACUGCUGAAAAUGAACUGUCAAAGAAAGGAAAUUUAUCUAUACAGGAGGCUUUGUUACUUGUGUUUGCAAAAUUUUUUAUAGGGGAGAAGGAGACCGAAGACAACAAUGAAGAAAGCAAUGGUUCUGCUACAGUUACUCUUCGGUUACUAGUGCUUUCUAGUCAAGUAGGAUGCCUUUUGGGGAGGGGUGGCUCUAUCAUCAAGCAAAUGUGCGCUGAAAGCGGUGCUCAAAUUCGUGUUCUUCCCAGGGACAAAAUUCCUCAAUGUGCAUCUUCUGCUGAUGAAGUUGUUCAGAUAACUGGAUUAACUGAUGCUGUAAAGAAAGCAAUCAAAUCUGUUUCAGAUCAGAUUAUGAAUGCAACUCAUGAUCAUGAUUCAUCUCCUUCUAAUCCUUUAAGAGGCACAUCUCAUUCACAUAACAGUGAUGUUUCAAGGCCUGAAUCCUAUCCCCUUCGAUCUCUGCCUAUGCAUGGUCCAUCAUUUGGUGGUGGAUUUCGUGACGAUGCUGAUUUUCAUCCAAAUGGUCCCCCAUUGUUUCCCAAGUUCCAUGAAAACUUUGUGCCCAGAAGAAUGGAUGUUCCUGAGAUUUUAACCUUUCGAUUACUUUGCCCUGAUGAGAGGGUUGGAGGAGUAAUUGGAAAGGGGGGAGCGAUUAUUAGGACUCUUCAACAUGAAACAGGAUGUGACAUUAAAGUUCUUGAAAGCAACUCAGAUGGAGAAGAACGCAUGAUAAUCAUAUCUGGUCCAGCGCACCCAGAUGAUAGGAUCUCUGCUGUACAGGAUGCAGUUCUCCGUGUGCAAAAUCGCAUAGCAAAAGCUAUACCUGAUAGCAAGGAGAAGGGUGUCACAUCCAAGAUUCUUGUUUCUUCCAAUCAAAUUGGCUGCCUUCUUGGUAAAGGUGGCUCUAUCAUUGCUGAGAUGCGCAAGUUUACUGGUGCUUAUAUUCGUAUCAUGGGGAAAGAUCAGACCCCUAAGAGCGCAUCUGAAAAUGAAGUAGUUCAGAUAAAUGGAGAGCUGGAGGUAGUUCAAGAAGCACUUUUGCAGAUAACCACUAGACUACAGCAUCAUUUCUUUCGCGAUGCAUUUCCUUCCAUCAAUCAUCCUUCAAAUCUUGCAUUCACAGAUCGAGCUCCCCCUCUCCCUUCAUUCAUGGGAAGAGGAGAAGUAUCUCCUCCUGGAAUGUUUCCUAAAUUUAGAAACUUUGAUUCUAUUGGGGGUCCUCCUUUACAUGGAGGUUUUCAUCCUCAUGAUGAACAUCCUCCUUUUCUACACGACAUCCACAGGAAAGGAAUGCCAAAUCCGUCAGAAAGACCCUGGCAUCCUGAGGAUUUACUUGAAGGUGGUCCUAUGGGCCGGUAUGGUGGACCCCCACAGAGACGGAUGGCUGGAUUUGGAGGGGCAAGCCAGCAAGCCGUAAUCACCAAUUCAACUGUGGAAGUUGUAGUUCCCAGUUCUCUUGUACCUUCGAUAUAUGGAGAGGAUGGUGGAUGCUUGAGACAAAUCCGACAGAUUUCUGAUGCAAAGAUUACCAUCACAGAUCCAAAACCCGGGACACCUGAAACUCUCAUCAUCAUAUCCGGUACUCCUGAACAGACACAUGCUGCUCAAAGUCUCAUUCAAGCGUUUGUUAUGCUUGAGAAUGAGUCUCAACAUUGAAAAGCUUCGGGGAUGAUUUUUUCGGAUGGUCGGAUUAGUAGUCAUUUUUUUGUUGUCUGCAAAAUUUAACUUGAGAUCCCUUGUACUGCCAGCAAAUUUAUGAAAUUAAUCUAGUGUUUUUUAGUCUAUCAGAUUCAGGUCUCGUCUUCAACGAUGUUAGAACUGUCAAUCUGUCAUAUCCAUGGAAGUGCUCAACUAGAAAAUCGAUUUUAAUUGAAGCAUGUAUUGUAAUAUUAAGGAAAGUAAAGCAAAUUUAGAAGAAUUGUUGCGUACUGUCACUCCAUUGUUACUCAAGUUUAUUUCGGAAAAAAAUGGAUUUCUUGGAUGCA